CCUUCCACUCCCAAUCCCUUUCCAAAUUCCCCCAAUGCCGAUUCCCAAGCCCGCCGCUCUCAAGCACAUUGUGAAGCGCUGCUCCAGCCUAGGCCGGAAGCAAGACGCCACCGCUACCGCCACCGCCUACGACGGCGUUCCCAAGGGACAUUUCGCCGUCUACGUCGGCCAGAAUCGCAGCCGAUAUGUCGUCCCCAUUUCCCUCUUAACUCACCCCGAUUUUCAGUGCCUCCUCCGCCUCGCGGAGGAGGAAUUUGGCUUCCACCACCAUAUGGGCCUCACUAUUCCUUGUGAAGAGGUGGUUUUCCGCUCACUCACCGCCGCUCUCAAAUGAACCCACCACCGCCCAAAUGCACAAAUCCCUCAUUCUUUUUUAUUCAUAGUAUUAUUAUUUUUUCCCGUUUUGGAGGGUUUUUUUUUUUUUUUCUUAAAACACCACCCAUCUUUCCGUUCACGAUCCAACCACAGUUUAUCACGUGUCGAACGUUUUUUCUUGAAAAAAGAACGAGUGUAGCUGAAAAUGUGUUCGUAACUACUACCCGAUUUAGUUCUUUUAGUGUCGAGACGAAGACAAUAGCUAUUUUGACUGAUGAGCUAAGCUCGAUGUAAAAUAGGGUUUGUAUUUUUGUAUAAAUAUUUAGUAGCA